AUGGCUGAUAAAGUUAGAUAUUAUCUUGAACAAUCAGUUCCUGAAUUGGAAGAUUUACAAAACAAAGGAUUAUUUGAUAAAAAUGAAAUAACUAAAAUAAUGAGAAGAAGAACUGAUUUCGAACACAGAAUUUCAGGUAGAGGAUCAAAACCAAGUGAUUUUUUAAGAUAUUGUCAAUAUGAAAAUAAUGUUGAAAAAUUAAGAAAGAAAAGGUAUAAUAGAUUAAAUUCAGUUGGAUUAAUUGAUUUAAAACCAAGUAUAUCAGAUUGGGCUGGUAUUAGAAGAAUAAUGUUUAUAUUAGACAGGGCAACUAAAAAAUUCCCCAAUGAUUUAGAAUUAUGGAAUCAAUAUUUGAAAUAUGCAAAAGAAAAUGGUGCCAUAAAGAUCAUAUAUAAAGUUUAUUCAAGUUUAUUACAAUUACAACCUAGAAAUAUAAAUGCUUGGUUAUCUGCUUGUAAAUAUGAAUUUGAAAUUAAUGGGAAUGCAAAAGGUACAAGAAUAUUAUUUCAAAGAGCAUUACGAAUAAAUCCAGAUAAUUUGGAAUUAUGGUUAAAUUAUUGUCAAUUUGAAUUAACAUAUGUUUCAAAAAUUCUUGCAAGAAGGAAAAUAUUAAGUAAAGAAAUAAAUGAAGAAGAUGCUGCUGAAUUAACAUUACCUAGUGAAGAACAUGAAUUAGAUUUACCAGAAGUUGAUAUUGAUAUGUUGGGUAAUCCAGAAACCAAUCCAGCAUUAAAAGGAGAUGUAGCAUUGGCUAUAUUUGAUGCAGCACCUAAAACUAUUGAUGUAAUUUAUAAAUUUAUUGAAUUAUUUGAUAAAUUUCCUGAUUUAAAUGAUUAUUUAAAUUCGCAUGUUUUAAGAUAUUUACAAAGAGAAUAUCCUGAUGAUAUAAAUACAAAGUUUAUAGAUAUCACUUUACCUUUAAAAGAUGGAGAAUUUCAAUUAUCAGUUAAUAAAUUUAUUGCCUAUCAAUCAAAGAAUAGUGAUAAAGAAUUAAAAAAUAUGUUUAUUAAAAAAUUAAAAGAUUAUCAAAAUGAAGAUAAUCAAGUUUUAUUAAAUGCUAUUAUAAAGAAAUUAAUCUAA